AUGGUUCGACAACGAGAUCGGCAGAUCUGGGACAGGGAGAUCCGACAAUCCAUCCCCUUCCCUCUCUUCUUUCUCUCCAUCAUCGAACCAAACACGCGCGUUGCACCGUCAGCGCUCCCAUCGCCUCCGCGGAAGAGGAACCGUCUUGAGCCCGACGAGGAGAGAAAUAAGGACAGACAGAGAGCAUCGGCUUGUGAUCUUGUGGACGGGAUCUCGAGUGAGCAGCAACAGAAGCGGACGGACAAAAAGAAGGACAGGGAAGAUGGAAUGGAGGUAGCUAGAGAUGGAAAUGGUGGCGAGAUGGGUAGGGAGGAUGGGUGA